AUGAAAAUUCUUGCCCUGCACGAAAUCGAGCACAGCCACGGUACUGUGCAGUUGAUAUCAGAUGGACAGCAGCUCCAGCACAAGACAGGCACUUCCAUCGUGCUUGUGCCUCAGCCAACUGGCGACGACCCCAAUGACCCUUUGAAUUGGCCUUUUGCGAAACGUGUCGCAGCAUACUGGUCUGUCCUCUGGUUGUCGGCCUUGUGCAAUUUUUGUAUCACUGGUCUGGCGCCAGGCUUUGGACAGCUUAUCGAAGAGUUUGAGAUCAGUCUCACGCAAGUGACAUGGCUGAUAUCAGGAUGUCUGUUGGGCGAAUUCAUGGGCUGCUAUUCAGUGGCUCCAUUCUCGACCCGGUACGGCAAACGACCUCUCUGGCUUAUCUGUGGCCUCUUCUUCUUCGUGUGCAAUAUCUGGGCUGCAGUCGCAAAGUCGUUCUCAUCGCUUCUCUUGGCAAGGUUCUUUGCAUCAUGGGCAAGCGGGACCAGUGAGCCUCUGAGUGUCGGAACUUUGCACGACAUCUUCUUCCUGCAUGAACGAGGCACACAAGCAGGCGUCCAGGCCAUCUGGUUGAGUCUCGGGAGCUCUCUCGCACCACCUAUCUGCGGCUUCUUGAUCCAGGAUAGGGGAUGGCGUUGGUAUCAUUGGCUUGUCUCGAUCAUGGCCGGUGCCGAUCUCAUCCUCCUUUUCUUCCUUGUACCAGAGACUCAAUACAAGCGAGAUUUGCACUCGGCGCUCGAUGUCGCCGGCGUUGAGGAGAACGACGAUAUGGCUGAUGGCCAAACCGAGUCGCAGUGCAAGAUUGUGGAGUCGAAGAUGGGGAGCCAAGCAGUGGAGAGACUGGAGCCCCAGAGAUCGGCCGCCCCGGGAAUCAAGCCAAAGAAGACAUACUUAGAAGGACUAAAGCCAUGGUCACCAGUCCAGAAGGAUGUGAAUCUGCUUGGGUCUUUCCUCCGCCCAUGGGCAACUUGGUGCUAUCCCAGCGUUGUUUGGUCGGUGUUGUCCUUUUCUAUUCAUGUCACAUGUGUGGUGGUGUUGAUCAAUCUCAUCCCUGUGUAUCUCGGGGCUCCCCCUUACAAUUUCAGCACUAGCCAGCAAGGUUUGGUAUUCUUGAGUCCCUGCCUUGGGAACCUCUUUGGGUCAUUCUUCUGCGGAUACAUCAAUGACAAGCUGAGCCAAUGGUCAACUCGACACAAUGGAGGCAUCUUUGAGCCAGAAAUGCGCCUGCCGGUGGUUGCGAUUCCAGCGCUCUUGGUUCCAGCCGGCUUGCUCAUGUUUGGAAUUGGUGUCGCCCAUGAAACUCAUUGGAUUGUCCCUGUGAUUGGAGCUGGGCUCGUUGGUGUUGCGUUGACAGGAAUUGGGUCAGUCAUACAACCAUAUUUGAUGGAUAGUUAUGCUCCGAUUAUCUUCGACUGCCUGGUGACUUUCAACGGCUUUAAAAAUCUCGUCUCAUUUGCCGUCGGCUUUGCGGUAGUCCCGUGGCUCGAGCUGGAUGGUGUGGUGGCAGUGUUCGUUAUUCUCGCUGUCCUUGUCGUGGUCAUUGAUGCCUCCGCAUUGCUGAUAUACCUCUUCGGGAAGAAGCUGAGGCAGCGAGACGCUCGAUUGAGGAUCUUCUUAUUCUAA